UCUCCAAGGAGCUGCCGUUAAGCAUUGUUGUUGUUCUUUCUACUUGAAAAAAAAAUGAAGAAAAUGAAGGGGCGAAAGAAAGAGCCAAAUGAUGAAAUUCAAGAAUCUUCAAGUUUGUGGUGAAAUUCAAGAACCUGCAAGUUUCUGAGCCAAAAGAUAUGCAAGCUUUCAGUUCCAACAGCAGCCAUCCCUAUGGCAUUUUCGUCGCGGUAGAGAAGAGAGGUUUCCCAGAUGAUGAAUCGCUUCCCAUUCCGAUUCCGAUUCCUCAGGUCUCGAUUCUUUUGAAUGUCCUCAUAAGCUACAACACUAAUUCUGAUAAUACUCUGCGCACCAGAGCUUACGAUGCAAGACUCGAACUUGAUCAUCCUUUUCACUCAUUACAGUCCCAUUCACGAGAUAUUAUAUCAAACAUGAUCGAUGUAAUGCGCAUUCCCUUCCCAUUAGACCGGCUCCGAUGGAAAACGCAGCGUUUUGGUGGCGGCAACACAGAGCCACUUGAGAGCGUUGAGGCUAUGGUAAGCAAAAUAGCGCUUGUGGUUAGUGCCAUGGUGGAGAAUCACGCGGCUCCUGGACUUAAUAAGAAGCUGGGCAUUCUUUUUACAAUUGAGAAGGUGAUUCCAAUUUUUGCACACAAUCUGUUUGAUGAAAUGCAGCAGUUGGAGGUUCAGGCCAGGGAGCUGAGGGAUGAGGUGAACUCACGAAUACUGACCAACGAUGCUCUGCUUGCACUUUCUUUACAUGGUGCUUCACAAGUCUGGGAGGGUUGGGCACGGGAACUGAGGGAAGACUGGGACUCGAUUAUGUUAUCAGAUAGUGUUGUUAUGCUUUCUGCUGAUGAUAUUCAUAAAUUGGAGGAGUCUCGAGAUAAACUAUUGAGCCUUCGGGACACUGCAGUGAGAUAUUGUAGAGUCCUGCGCCUACUCUUAAAUCUACUGGGACUAUACACAGGGGAUACCGACGAUGGCACAUUGAUGGAAGAGGCUUUGAGAGAGUCAUUAAAUCAAGAAAUGUUCAGCCCAAUGCCUGCAACCAGAGCAUCAGUUGAGGCCUUGGAUAAGUUUGUGUUUGAUGGUUCGAGCAGCGAUCAACAUUGUGUGAUUUGCUUGGAAGGGAUGUUGAGUGGGGAUCAAGUCACUUGCUUGCCAUGCUCUCAUAUGUUUCAUGCUAACUGCAUUGAACAAUGGUUGAGGUAUGGUCAUAUCUGUCCUCUGUGUGGGUUCAAAUUGCCAACUGAUUCUUGAUACAGAUACAUGGGAUGGGAUGAUUGUUGUGAGAGUCCUUCAGCUUUGAAUUUCACUUAUUUUCUAGAAUUUCUGCAGUUUCCGUUA